AUGAAACGAUCUACACGAUCAUUAGCACAACAUCAACCGCCAUUAUCACCACCUCAUCUCGAACCAUGGUCGCCUUCUCAACAGGCAUUAUCACUUCAUCCAUCAUCGCCACGACCGAUCUCACCACAGCCUACACCCAACGUACUCACAGCACCUUCUAGGGCGUCUUCUCAUUCAUCUAAUUAUUGGCAAAAUCGUAGAGCACACAUCCGAAGAAAGAAACAACGAUAUUUGUACUCAGUCACUGAUAUCCUACAUCAAAAUUAUGCAUUACUGGCCGUCGAUCGUCAUUUACGCGAACGUCAUAUACGAUUUACUCAUGUCAAGGAUAAAACCGAAAACGAACAUCAUGGAAUAUUUCAAUGUGAAGAUAAUUCAGAUGAAACAUUGUACGCAAUGUACCGAGUUAAUCAAUAUCUUCGAGAUGACGAGUUGUUGCUUCCUUCUAAAUUUACUUCAUACGUUGAUUUUCAUGAAUAUUGUAAUGGCUUUACACACGAAUAUUACUUUUUGAAAAAUGAAACAGAUAAAACUGAUUGUAAUGAAUUAUGUCUUACAGAUUAUACAUUAUGUGAUGGUGUUUGGAAUUGUUUAGAUGGACGUGAUGAGUUAGACUGUCCAAAUAGAAUAGUUGAAUCAUCCAUAAAAAGUGAUAUAGCGGGAUGUGAAAUAAAUGAACAUUAUUGUUUCAAACUGAACUUGAAAGGUAUUCUUGAUUUGACUUGUGUACCGAAUGAAUAA